AUGACACAGCAUAAACUCCUAACUCAUAAGUUUGGGAAGGAUUCUUCAUUUAUUUGGGGGAAAAUGGACAAACUUCUUCAAGAAUUGACCUUUAUAUUUGCAACCUCUGUGUUGUCAAAUAUGCCUCAACUGGAAGAGCAUUUCCGGCAUGUGUAUCCAGUGCAUCGUGAGCAUAAAUACAGCUCUUACUGUGGAAUGAAAACUACCCAGUUUCCUCUUGGACUGUAUAAAUGCAAUGAAAACAAAACAGCAGACCUGAUGCAGCUGCUGAAAGAUCUAUCAGAGAAAUAUGUGCCACAGCGUGAUGGAGAAAUAGUGGAGGAGGUUUUUUUUGGAGGAGAUAGAUUGACAGAUGAGCGUGUUCAGUGUGCCCAAGCAGCAAUGAGCAAUGCAGAAACACCUAAGAAAAGGCUCGAGGGAUUCAUAUCAAAAACAGAAGACUUCCAUCGAUUAAUGAACUUCUUGGAAGCAAUAUUCAAAUUGACAUUCUCAACUGAAAGUGCACAAGACACUUGGACGGUUUACUACUACCGCAAUUUACUUAAUGCAAGAGACGUGAAAGGGAAAGUAAAGAAUGCAUAUCGUCCGCACAAGAUGUUGUACUACACCAUUCUGGAUGCAAUUUGUCUUCUAAUGUUUCUUGAAGAAUUGAAUAUUGAUGUAAAUUCAGAUAUACCCUUGCCUAGCCACUUUAACGACUUGACAAAUGAUGAAAAAAUACAGUGGUUGAAUGAAAUUUGCAGUAAAAUACUGAAGAAAUAUUUCUUUGAUGGCUCAUCAGAUGUUUGUGAACAGUUGCGUGAAAUUACAGGGAAUCCAGGUCAUCCUGAGAACUAUUGGGUACAAAAUUUUGAAGAUGGUCGAAUCCGAUGUCACUUUUGUCCAAAAACAUAUGCUUAUGUAGGCUCGUUUAAAGCUCACGAGAGUAAAGUGCACAAUGUCACCCUAGCAAAACAGUCCAAAGUGUCCAGAAAGAAAGAUACUAAAGCAGAUCAGCUUCAGGACUAUGUUGUAAUGCUUUUCAAGCUUGUGAUGCUGCAUAAGAACCUUGACAGUGCUGUGGACAUGGGAGAUGGUGAAAGAUCUGUAAGAUCAACUAAGUAUGAACUGCCAAUAUACAACAAGACCAAUAAGACAAAAUACAGCAUUGGAUCAAUUCAUCUGACGGCACUGACAUCUGGCUUACUUCCUGCAAGCCAAGAAGAAAGAUUGAAAGCAAACAGAUUCAUCAAUCUACAAGGUGGUCAAAAUAACAACAUAGCUCUGGAUGAAUUUGUCGAGAUGCAAAAUAGAGACAGCAAAGUAAUUUGCUCAGGGCACCAAACAGAGGACAGUAUUGUCCAGCAUUCGAAAGAGUAUCCACUUCUUAUUAACAUUGCAAAACACUAUGACAUUGUUAGUAGCAUUAAGGGUAAGAAGGGAUUCCAUCAUCUUCCUUCCUACAAACAGGACGUCAGAAAAAUUCUUCAGGAUCUCCAGGAGCUAAACAUUUUAGAACAUACCCCUAAGCGCAUCUUGAAGUGUAAAGGCCUGACCACUGAGAGAAAUCCAUUCAACAAUGCCUAUCAAGGGUUGUCCACCAUGAUUCAUCACCAUCGACCAUCAUUUCCCUUUCGCCGUCUGCGUAAUCCCCAUAUUUGA